ACGGCCGUGCGGUGGAUGACCAUCUCCUGCCCGCCGCUGUGGAUGUCGCUGAGCUGCUCCAGGACGGCGAUGCUGCGGGCGGUGCUCACCGACACCCGGUGGUCCUCCGACCAGGCCAGCGGCUCCAGCCCGCUCACGCCGUGCUGCAGCCGCACCGCCGGCUCCCGCCGCACCGCCGUGAGCCGGAACCCGGCGCUGGGCGCCGCCGCCGCCACCUCCUCGACCAGCAGCUCGAGCCCCAGCGGCGGCUCCUCGUCGGCCGCCGCCAGCGCCGGGCCGUCCCCGCGCUCCGCCGCCGCCAUCUUACCGCCGCCGCACGGGGGCCGCUGCGGCCGCAGCGCGCCUGCGCCGCCGCCGCCGAAGCCCCCGGCCGCCCCGGCCGGGGCUGCCCCGCCGCCGCCUGCACGAGGGAGGCGCGAGGCCAUGGCGGCGGCCGGGACGCUGCUGCUCAACCUCGGCUCGGCGCCGCGGGGCCGCGGCCGGAAAGCUCUGAAAAGAAAGCUCCAGUCACCACAUGGAAACCCACCUUUGAAACGUAACCGUAAGCCAUCAGUCAGCUCCUUCAAGAAACGUGCUGCUGAAGCUGACGUCAAGGAGAAGGGAAGUUCAUCACAGAAACCUCUUCCAAAGAAACAGCCAACUGACAAGGGAAAUGAAAGCCAGAAAAGCAAACCUUUCAUUAAGACAUCCAGCCUGUUUAGAAACAACCCUGAUAUCCCAGAAAUUCACAGAAAAGCAGUGCAGCAGGUGAAAGAAAAUGUUUUCACUACAGAUUCUUUCAGCCAGUUGGACCUCCAUCCACAUCUGAUCUCCACAAUAAACACUGUCCUGAAGAUAAGUAGCAUGACCAGUGUUCAGAAGCAAACAAUUCCUGUGCUCCUGCAAGGCAAAGAUGCUCUAGUGAGAUCUCAGACUGGUUCAGGUAAAACUCUUGCCUAUGGGAUUCCACUUGUACAGUCUUUGCAAGGAAAGGAAUCCAAAAUACAGCGCAGUGAUGGGCCUUAUGCACUUGUAUUAGUCCCAACAAGAGAGCUUGCACUGCAAAGUUUUGAUACAAUGCAGAAACUACUGAAGCCAUUUACCUGGAUUGUGCCUGGAGUGCUAAUGGGGGGAGAAAAGAGGAAAUCAGAAAAAGCCAGGUUACGUAAGGGGAUAAACAUCCUCAUUUCAACUCCCGGCCGCCUGGUUGAUCACAUCAGGUCCACAGAAUGUGUUCGCUUUCAUCGCGUUCAGUGGCUGAUUAUUGAUGAAGCAGACAGGAUCCUUGACCUGGGCUUUGAGAAGGAUGUGGCUGUGAUACUGAAUGCUCUGAAUGCUCAGCAGGAGAGACGUCAGAAUGUCCUGCUCUCAGCCACUCUCACAGAAGGAGUAACACGGCUGGCUGAUAUCAGUUUGAAUGAUCCCAUCAGCAUUUCCAUAGCAGAUGAAAUCCAGAAGGCACUCAAACCAGCAUCACAAACAGAUAAACAAGCCAAUAGUUCAGCAAACUGCAUGGACAGAGAAAACUUUGCUGUUCCAGAGACGCUCAAGCAGUAUUUCAUUAUGGUCCCCAGCAAACUGAGGCUUGUCACGUUAGCAGCUUUUAUCCUUGACAAAUGCAAGUUUGAAAAACACCACAAGAUGAUCAUCUUUUUCUCCAGCUGUGAACAAGUGGAAUUCUACUACGAGCUCCUUCUAAAGGUGCUUUCAGGAAGACUAGAGUCAGAACAACCUGAACGUGCAUCUGUCUCCUCUGCACACUUAGAGUUUCUGCGACUGCAUGGCAACAUGGAACAGGAAGAAAGAACAGAAGUCUUCCAGGAGUUCCUAAAAUCCAAGACUGGCAUCUUACUUUGCACUGAUGUUGCAGCACGUGGACUAGACCUGCCUCGAGUGACGUGGAUUGUGCAGUACAACGCUCCGGCUUCACCUGCGGAAUACAUCCACCGGAUCGGGAGGACGGCUCGCAUCGGCUGUCACGGGAGCAGCCUGCUCGUCCUGGCGCCUUCCGAGGCAGGAUAUGUCAGCUUGCUGGCUUCUCACAAGAUUAAUGUUUCAGAGAUCAAGAUGGAGAAGGUAUUAUCCAGCCUGAUGAAAGAUGAUCGCUUCAAGUUGCACAGACCAAGAAGAAAGCAAUCCUGUGGCACAGACCCUCAGGAAGUCCGGGAGAGGGCCACAGUCUUGCAGACCAGAUUUGAAACUUACGUUCACUCUGACGAGGGGACUGUCCGCUGGGCAAAGAAAGCACUGCAGUCUUUCCUUUGUGCCUAUACCACCUAUCCCAGGAACCUCAAGCACAUCUUCCACAUCAAAUCUCUCCACCUGGGUCACGUGGCCAAGAGCUUUGGCCUGAGAGAUGCCCCCCAGAACCUGACUGCUCUUCCAACCACAUGCUCAAAGAAGAAAAUCAAACCAAGACCAAAAAGGCCUGAGCUCCUCAAGAAGACCCAUGGCAAACGUCACCUCGCUGAGAUGCUGCGCUCUGAGUAUUCCAGUGGGAUGGACUCUGGGGUGGCCAAGGUCAAGAGGAGGAAAAAACAGAGAAAAACUGUCAACCAGCAGGUUCCAACUGAGGCUGGGACCUGCCCCUCAUUGGCUGCACAACCUGCUGGAAUCAACUGACCAAACCAACUGAGGGGUGUUUCAGUUCAUCAAGCAGGGGUCUGGGGGAUCUCAGCCUCCUGCUCUUUGUUCCACAGGCCCAAGUGGAAUGGAAUCCAGGUGUGUCCUGUCGUGCUGCUCCCGUGCAGUGUGGCCUCCUGAAGGUGCCACAUUGCUGAGGUGGUUUUUGCCACAGAAUGUUAUAAUAAAUAAGGUUUUCAGAGAAA